UGGAGUUUGACUUAUGUAAAGGACUUCUCACGUGUGGCGUGUGCAUGAAAAUAACAAUACCACGAAGAAAAAGGAGCUCUACUAAAUAACUCCUGCGUCGAUUCGAUAUUGCACUGGUAAUGUAUUUUCAUGUUAUUUGAAGAACAUGCAUUACAUAGCCAGGCUAGUCCUUUGUUGUUGUGCAACUAUUAAAUCAAAUAAAAGUUUAUUGGUCGUGUUACGCGUACACAGUUCGGCAGAUGAAAUACCGGGUGCAACGAAAUGCUUAUGUUACUAGCGCCUAACAAUGCAGUAAAAUGUGAAAUAGGUACACAAAUAAUCAAUUAAAAAAACGAAUAAACAGAAAGAACAACAAAAAUGUAGGAACGAAUCCAAUUAAGAACCCAAAAACCACUGUAACGGUAAUCCAAAUGCAAUCUACACGAAUCUACACCAGAUGAAUUUACACAAGAUAUACGAGGAAUGAUAUGUAUAGUAGUAGAUAUAUUAGAUUGAGCUAAGAAUCCAGUAUAUAAAUACAUGUGCGGUAUUUUUUAUUUAUAUAUUUAUGUAUAAACAGUGUAACUAAAAUACAAUGCAGUAGUAGAAAUAUUAGAAUGAGCUAUUUCGAGAAUACAGUAGAUAAAUACACAGUACAACACCCCCAUAGCAAAAUGGAUAGAAUUGCAGGAAAUUAGGCACAGAUCUAAAUUUACGAUGGGAGGGGUGGUCCAAAAUAGGGGUGUUGUCAAACUUUGUUUAUCGCUUUGGGGAGGGUGUGUUUUUUGUGGCGGUACAGUGGUGGGUAGUGGUUAUGGUGUAAAAUAAGUAUUUGGUCACCUACAAACAAGCAAGAUUUCUGGCUCUCACAGACCUGUAACUUCUUCUUUAAGAGGCUCCUCUGUCCUCCACUCGUUACCUGUAUUAAUGGCACCUGUUUGAACUUGUUAUCAAUAUAAAAGACACCUGUCCACAACCUCAAACAGUCACACUCCAAACUCCACUAUGGCCAAGACCAAAGAGCUGUCAAAGGACACCAGAAAAAAAAAUUGUAGACCUGCACCAGGCUGGGAAGACUGAAUCUGCAAUAGGUAAGCAGCUUGGUUUGAAGAAAUCAACUGUGGGAGCAAUUAUUAGGAAAUGGAAGACAUACAAGACCACUGAUAAUCUCCCUCGAUUCUCAUUUUGUCUGUCAUAGUUGACGUGUACCUAUGAUGAAAAUUACAGGCCUCUCUCAUCUUUUUAAGUGGGAGAACUUGCACAAUUGGUGGCUGACUAAAUACUUUUCCCCCCCACUGUAUCUAUUCUAGCUAGCUACAGUAUAUCUAUUCUAGCUAGCUACAGUAUAUCUAUUCUAGCUAGCUACAGUACAUCUAUUCUAGCUAGCUACAGUAUAUCUAUUCUAGCUAGCUACAGUAUAUCUAUUCUAGCUAGCUACAGUAUAUCUAUUCUAGCUAGCUACAGUAUAUAUAUUCUAGCUAGCUACAGUAUAUCUAUUUAAUGUUUUCUACCUCGAUCCGUGUGGUUGAUUCCAAUUUGAAAACGCAGUUACUAUUUUUAUUCAUGUUGAUGGUUUAUUUAAUCGAUCACAAAUGAAUUGGAAAGGUGUCACUUCCCCAUUUUUUAUUUUUCCAUUAAUUUGGGGUUGAGGAAUAGGAUGGUGGGCCAUAGCUGCACCUCACAGAUGUUUUAAAGGCAUCUGUCAAAUACACUUGGUGUUCGAAGAACCUGUCAAACUUUGAUUUUUAUCGUGAACACAAGGGAUUCGUUUUUUUUUCAUUGCUGAUUGUCUAAUUUUCCAUCCAGUUUACACAGUCAGAAAUGGCACGGGCAAAGAAGGCUCCUUCAGAAGCAUCUAAGUCGAAGCAGAAGUCGAGGAAGCAGGAUGGAGAAACCUCUGGGGCUGCAGGACAAACCAUCUCCAAGAAGCUACGGCAAAAGAUGGACGGGAAGACCACAUUGAAAACAGGUCUAAUAGAACGACCACUCUCCAUUUAUAUAAGCUUUUGAUUGACUGCAAUGUCUUUUAUUUGGUUUCCCGCUCCAGAUAUAUAUUAUUGCAUAUAUCUUGUCACAGAAAGAACUGACUCUUUCCAUUCUUUGAUGUUAUUGACUGUACUGGUCUUGUAUUUCAGGGCCUGUUUUCCCAACCACCAUGACCAAAGGUUCAGUUCAGAAGAGAAGUGGACCAGGAAGCAUCCUGCACUACAUUUACCAGAGUACACUGGGGCAGAGCCUUCAUUCUCAGAUGAGACAGGUACACUACAUUUACCAGAGGACACUGGGGCAGAGCCUUCAUUCUCAGAAGAGACAGGUACACUACAUUUACCAGAGGACACUGGGGCAGAGCUUUCAUUCUCAGAAGAGACAGGUACACUACAUUUACCAGAGGACACUGGGGCAGAGCCUUCAUUCUCAGAAGAGACAGGUACACUACAUUUACCAGAGGACACUGGGGCAGAGCUUUCAUUCUCAGAAGAGACAGGUACACUACAUUUACCAGAGGACACUGGGGCAGAGCUUUCAUUCUCAGAAGAGACAGGUACACUACUAAAGUCAGACUAGUGUGUCUUGACAGCUGGUAGAGUGACUAGGGAACAGUAGUGUGACAGCUGGUAGAGUGACUAGGGAACAGUAGUGUGACAGCUGGUAGAGUGACUAGGGAACAGUAGUGUGACAGCUGGUAGAGUGACUAGGGAACAGUAGUGUGACAGCUGGUAGAGUGACUAGGGAACAGUAGUGUGACAGCUGGUAGAGUGACUAGGGAACAGUAGUGUGACAGCUGGUAGAGUGACUAGGGAACAGUAGUGUGACAGCUGGUAGAGUGACUAGGGAACAGUAGUGUGACAGCUGGUAGAGUGACUAGGGAACAGUAGUGUCUGACAGCUGGUAGAGUGACUAGGGAACAGUAGUGUGACAGCUGGUAGAGUGACUAGGGAACAGUAGUGUCUGACAGCUGGUAGAGUGACUAGGGAACAGUAGUGUGACAGCUGGUAGAGUGACUAGGGAACAGUAGUCACAACAAACUUUCAAAUAGUAUAUGUAAAGAGAUGUGUCUACAGCUGAAUAAUGGCAUGAUAAAGCAGCAGCAUGUCUAACAGCAUUCUGACUUCAAGACCAGGCUCACCUAGAUAGAGGCGUCCACAAUCACCCAGGGCCCCGUUUCCCGAUGCAUCUUUUCUACAUCGGUUGGUAAUAUCAGGCCAUAAACAAACCCGUCUGGGCCCGGUUUCCCGAACAGUGAUGGAACUUAGGCUUCCUAGUGUUUUAACAGAUGCAUAUUUUCCUACAACGGCCGAAGAUGUAACGUGCGUUUCCCAAAACACCACGCAGAGAGAACGGUCGCUAAGUGCAACGUUGGAGCAUGUUUCAAUACUGAUGGGAUGGAAAGAAAGGGAGCGCUGCUCUCAGAUCAGCUUUCUCCAUUCAAAUCUUACCUUAACAUUAGAAUGAUUGAACAAUGCUGACGACGGAUCAGCUCCUAGAGAUAUACUACGGCUGCAAAUAUUGAGGCAGCUUAUUCUAAUGGUUACUCAAUAAAAAUGCACUAAAUCGCAGAUUUGGCACAUCACUGAACACGUUAGGCUACACAUCAUAAAAUAUAUUGAGACAUUACAGACAGUAGCGUUACAAGUAGCAAAAUAGAACUAAAUCGAUUGAUCGUGAAAUGUAUUUCAAUAUGAUUGAAAUAGGCCUAUAGCCUACUGUUUAUAUUUUAAUGCAGCCGUCUGUUUUCAUUUGAAGCAUAUUUUUAUACGUCGCUUGUUUGUAUCAAUUGCGAAGACAUUGGCAACGUUGUAUUUGUAGUCAACUUUGUUCUGAAGUUAUCAGUGGUCACAGAGAGACGGAUAAACCAUGUGAUUCUAUGUUUAGUGGAGAUCCUCUGUGUUAUAAAGUGACGUGGCAGGGCAAAAAAAAAAGCAUCUAAUGACACAUUUAGCUGUUCUAGGAGUGGUCUGAGGCAGGCGUUAGAUUACGAGCGUUUUUUAAGUGCAACGUUAAUAUCGAUGGUUUUGGGAAACGGCUGAGAGAUUUUAACGAUGCUCCUACGAAGGUUCUAACGAUGAACAUAGCCUUAAGAUGCUUUUGUGAAACCGGGCCCAGGACAAUAAGAAAUUGAGGGUCUAACAAACGAUUUUCUUGGCAUCAUCAUCAUCAUCAUCAGUACAUUAUAUCUAACAACUAUUUUUUCCCCAGUGUCUCCAGGAGCCGUUUGUGCGUUCCCUGUCCUCCUAUAAGCUCCACCGUACAGCCAGUCCCUUCGACCGGCGGGUCACCUGUCUGGAGUGGCACCCGACGCACCCCACCGUCCUGGCGGUCGGCUCCAAGGGAGGAGACAUAGUCCUCUGGGACUACAGCGUGCUCAACAAGACCAGCUUCAUACAAGGGGUGAGAAUGCCCGAUACGCAAUUCCUAUCUGGUGAAAACGGGUUCCGGUGACGUCAUUAUAACCAGCAAUGCCUGAUGGGUUACUAUUGAGUCUAUGCUUAUUCAUUUUCUCAUUUUACUGUUUUGUACCUAGACGGGAUUGAAGAAUUCGGUUCAGGAUGAUACACACAAAUAAUACAAUGGUUGGGAUGGAUAGUUUUAUAUCUGUUUAAACCAGUCUGUGUUACUGAUUAGGAACACCGUAUUCAAUCAUAUUAUCAAUCAAAUUGGACUUUGAAAUCCCUUUUUACAUUUGAACAUUAUUGAUAGUAUGCUUAACAUAUGACACAUACCGAUAGUAUGAGGUCUACAUUGGUUACGUCCCAAAUGGCACCCCAUUUCCCAUCUAGUGCACUACUUUUGACCAGGGCUCUGUUGACCAGGGCUCUGUUGACCAGGGCUCUGUUGACCAGGGCUCUGUUGACCAGGGCUCUGUUGACCAGGGCUCUGUUGUCCAGGGCUCUGUUGACCGGGGCUCUGUUGUCCAGGGCUCUGUUGACCGGGGCUCUGUUGACCAGGACUCUGUUGAGCGGGGCUCUGUUGACCAGGGCUCUGUUGACCAGGGCUCUGUUGACCGGGGCUCUGUUGACCGGGGCUCUGUUGUCCAGGACUCUGUUGUCCAGGGCUCUGUUGACCAGGGCUCUGUUGUCCAGGACUCUGUUGACCAGGGCUCUGUUGACCGGGGCUCUGUUGACCGGGGCUCUGUUGACCGGGGCUCUGUUGACCGGGGCUCUGUUGACCGGGGCUCUGUUGACCGGGGCUCUGUUGACCAGGGCUCUGUUGACCAGGACUCUGUUGUCCAGGGCUCUGGUCUAAAGUAGUGCACUAUAUAGGGAAUAGGAUGUGAUUUGGGACUAGACUCCUGCUCUCUGUGUUAUGCAGGUUGGUCCUGGAGGCUCUAUAACAGCUUUGAAGUUUAACCCAUACAACACCACUCAGCUGUUCACCUCAUCUAUCAGGGGAACCACCACACUGCAGGAUUUCAAUGGGACCACUCUCCGCGUGUUUACCAACACGGAGUCAUGGGAGUAAGAGAUGGAACGUUUCCCAAAUGACACCCUAUUCCCUAUGUAGUGCACUACUUUAGACCAGAGCCCUAUGACACCCUAUUCCCUAUGUAGUGCACUACUUUUGACCAGAGCCCUAUGACACCCUAUUCCCUAUAUAGUGCACUACUUUAGACCAGAGCCCUAUGACAUCCUAUUCCCUAUAUAGUGCACUGCUUUUGACCAGAGCCCUAUGACACCCUAUUCCCUAUUUAGUGCACUACUUUAGACCAGAGCCCUAUGACACCCUAUUCCCUAUAUAGUGCACUACUUUUGACCAGAGCACUAUGACACCCUAUUCCCUAUAUAGUGCACUACUUUAGACCAGAGCCCUAUGACACCCUAUUCCCUAUAUAGUGCACUACUUUAGACCAGAACCCUAUGACAUCCUAUUCCCUAUAUAGUGCACUACUUUUGACCAGAGCCCUAUGACACCCUAUUCCCUAUAUAGUGCACUACUUUUGACCAGAGCCCUAUGGCAUCCUAUUCCAUAUAUAGUGCACUACUUUAGACCAGAGCCCUAUGACAUCCUAUUCCCUAUAUAGUGCACUACUUUAGACCAGAGCCCUAUGACACCCUAUUCCCUAUAUAGUGCACUACUUUAGACCAGAGCCCUAUGACACCCUAUUCCAUAUAUAGUGCACUACUUUAGACCAGAGCCCUAUGACACCCUAUUCCCUAUAUAGUACACUACUUUAGACCAGAGCCCUAUGACACCCUAGUCCCUAUAUAGUGCACUACUUUAGAACAGAGCCCUAUGACACCCUAUUCCCUAUAUAGUACACUACUUUAGGGCUCUACUCAUGGGCGGCGCACAAUUGGCCCAGCGUUGUCCAGGGUAGGGGAGGGAAUGGCCGGUAGGGAUGUAGCUCAGUUGAUAGAGCAUGGCGUUUGCAACGCCAGGGUUGUGGGUUCGAUUCCCACGGGGGGGCAGUAUAAAAAAAAAAAAAAAAAAAAAAAAAAAAAAAAAAAAAAAAAAAAAAAAAAAAAAAAAUAUGUAUUCACUAACUGUAAGUCGCUCUGGAUAAGAGCGUCUGCUAAAUGACUAAAAAUGUAAAAAUGUUUAGACCAGAGCCCUAUGACACCCUAGUCCCUAUAUAGUGCACUACUUUAGACCAGAGCCCUAUGACACCCUAUUCCCUAUAUAGUGCACUACUUUAGACCAGGGCCCACAAGGCUUCGGUCAAAGUAGUGCCGGCAUGAUACCAGUAUCGCAAUAUUUUUUCCAUGGCAGAAAUGAAAACACGGAACAGACCAAAGUCUUUGGUCCUUUAAAAACCUGCUGUAUGUAAAAUAUAGUGAUAUAUAGCUUGGACUCUGGAUGACAACAUAAUGAUGCUUGUUUCCAACAUUGGGGCUGUUUUCCGAAAGGAGUUACAUCCGCUUCCUGUUGUUUCCUUGGCCACGAUACUAACGAGUAUCACCAGACUGGUAUCAGCCCGGUUCUGGUCUAAAGUAGUGCACUAUAUAGGAAAUAGGAUGCCAUAGGGCUCUGAUCUAAAGUAGUGCACUAUAUAGGAAAUAGGAUGCCAUAGGGUUCUGGUCUAAAGUAGUGCACUAUAUAGGAAAUAGGAUGCCAUAGGGCUCUGGUCUAAAGUAGUCCACUAUAUAGGAAAUAGGAUGCCAUAGGGCUCUGGUCUAAAGUAGUGCACUAUAUAGGAAAUAGGAUGCCAUAGGGCUCUGGUCUAAAGUAGUGCACUAUAUAGGGAAUAGGGUGUCAUAGGGCUCUGGUCUAAAGUAGUGCACUAUAUAGGAAAUAGGGAGCCAUUUGGGAUGGAACACAGAGCCCUGUUUCUCAACACCUUAUCAAGAUAGAGCUAGUGUGGUUAGAACAGAACAAAACCCUUCCUUCUGAUAGGCCUGUGGUUAGAACAGAACAAAACCCUGCCUUCUGAUAGGCCUGUGGUUAGAACAGAACAAAACCCUGCCUUCUGAUAAGCCUGUGGUUAGAACAGAACAAAACCCUGCCUUCUGAUAGGCCUGCAUUUAUCUGGACAGAACUGUCGUUGGCCUAGGUUGUAUUCACUAGACACACCAAUUGGAAGAAAACUGACUGAAACAGGAAGGAACUACCUAAAGUUGCCCAAUAACAAACGCAUAUUGUUGUUUUCCGUUGUGGUUGGACCCAGGCGUCAUAGUUACAGCCCUGUGAUUAGCCUGCGCCCUAGUGAUCAGCACGUCUUUUCCAACCAGUCACUGGGAUUGGUCUGUUUGUGCUCAUCAUGCAGAAAGGAGCCGGGGACUUUAUUGGGGGGAUGAAGUUUAGCCCGACGGACCCGUCCAAGGUCUACCUGGCGUCCGGUGAUGGUACGCUGACCGUGCAGAGCUUUCAGGGCGGUCCAGCAACGGUUCUGUCCGGAGUCCAGGACUGUGGACAUGAUCACCACAAUGUCUGGUGAGGAUGCAGGCCCUACCUAGGGUACAUCCCAAAUGACACCCUAUUCCCUAGAUAGCGCACUACCUUUAGACCAGAGCCCUAUGAGGCCCUAGCCAGAUAUUCCUUAUAUAGUGCACUACUUUUGACCAGAGCACAUUGGGGUGUAAAAUACUGGAGGGUUGCUGGUGUGGGAUUGACUGUAAAAACACGAGGACCCAUCUUUCUCAGUUCUCAGUUGACCAUUUUUAUUUCGGAAAGGGAUGUAAUCAGAUAUAUGAUGGUUGAUAAGAAUAAACUAUAUAAGGAAUACAUAUCAGUUCAACAGAAAUAUAUAUAUAUAUAUAUAUAUACAGUGAGGGGAAAAAAGUAUUUGAUCCCCUGCUGAUUUUGAACGUUUGCCCGCUGACAAAGACAUGAUGAAGUGGUCCUCUGUAGCUCAGCUGGUAGAGCACGGCGCUUGUAACGCCAAGGUAGUGGGUUCGAUCCCCGGGACCACCCAUACACAAAAAAAAUGUAUGCACGCAUGACUGUAAGUCGCUUUGGAUAAAAGCGUCUGCUAAAUGGCAUAUUAUGAUCAGUCUAUAAUUUUAAUGGUAGGUUUAUUUAUAAAUCAAUUUAUAACAUUUUUGACAUGCGUUUUUCUGGAUUUUUUGUUGUUGUUAUUCUGUCUCUCACUGUUCAAAUAAACCUACCAUUAAAAUUAUAGACUGAUCAUGUCUUUGUCAGUGGGCAAAUGUACAAAAUCAGCAGGGGAUCAAAUACUUUUUUUCCCUCACUGUAUAUACAGUGAGCUCCAUAAUUCAUUGGACAGUGACAUUUUUUUUGUUAUUUUGGUUCUGUACUCUAGCACUUUGAGUUUGAAAGGAUACAAUGACAAUGAGGGUGAAGUGCAGACUGUCAGCUUUAAUUUGAGGGUAUAUUCAUACAUAUCGGAUGAACCGUUUAGAAAUUAUAGAAGCUUUUGUACAUGGUCCCCCCCUUUUUCGGGCAUCAAAAAACAUUGGACAGUUUAACAUAAUGUAGAAUAAAGUAAUCAUUGUUAAUAUUUGGUCGCAUAUCCUUUGCAUGCAAUGACUGCUUGAAGUCUGCGAUGCAUUGACAUCACCAGACGUUGGGUAUCUUCCCUGGUGAUGCUCUGCCAGGCCUGUACUGCAGCCAUCUUCAGUUCCUGCUUAUUUUGGGGACUUAUUGCCUUCAGUCUCCUCUUCAGCAUGUAAAAUGCAUGUUCAAUUGGAUUCAGAUCCGGUGAUUGACUCGGCCAGUCAAGGAUUUUCCACUUUUUGGCCAUCAAAAACCCCUUUGUUGCUCUAGCAGUAUGUUUAGGGUCAUUGUCUUGUUGCAUGAUGAAGUGCCGUCCAAUGAGUUUGGAGGCAUUUGGUUUUAUCUGAGCAGAUAAAAUAUUUCUAUAGACUUCAGAAUUCAUUGUUCUACUUCUGUCUGCAGUCACAUCAUCGAUGAAGACAAGUGAGCCUGUUCCACUGGCAGCCAUACAGGCCCAAGCCAUAACACCCCCUCCACCAUGUUUCACGGAUGAGGUGGUAUGCUUUGGAUCAUGGGCAUUUCUUUUUUUUCUCCACACUUUCCUCUUUCCAUCACUCUGGUACAUGUUAAUCUUUGUCUCAUCUGUCCACAAUACUUUUUUUCCAGAACUCUUGGGGCUCAUUUAGGUGCUUUUUAGCAAACUGUAAUCUCGCCUUUCUGUUCUUCAGGCUUAUCAGUGGUUUGCAUCUUGUAGUGUACCCUCUGUAGUCCUGCUGGUGUAGUCUUCUACGUAUGGUAGACUUUGACACAUCUACACCUGCAUCCAGGAGAGUGUUUUUGAUCUGUUGGGCUGUUGUCAGGGGGGUUUUCUUCACCAUAGAGAGUAUUCUCCGGUCAUCCACUACAGUGGUCUUCCUCGGUCUACCGGGUCUUUUGACAUAAUUUAGUUCACCGGUUGUUUUUUUCUUGUUAAUGAUGAACCAAACUGUUGACUUGGGCAUGGCCAGGGUUUUUGCAAUGUUCCUGAUUGAUUGAUUUUCAUUUCUGAGCCUUAUGACGGCCAGCUUCAUUUGCAUCGACACUGCUGUCUUCCUCAUGUUGUCACACCACAACAACAACCUCCAAAGGCAAUAGCAAAGUCUAGAAUCAAUGCUAUUCAUCAACAGCUCUCCUGCAUUCACUAACGACACAAAUGAAUACACCUGCCUAACGACACACAUCUGUGAAGCCAAUUUAACAAAUACUUGUAGUACCUUAAAAUGGGGGGACCAUGUAUAAAAGGUGCUAUCAUUUCUAAACAGUUCAUCCGAUAUAUAUGAAAAUACCCUCAAAUUAAAGCUGACAGUCUGCACUUCACCCUCAUUGUCAUUGUAUCCUUUCAAACUUAAAGUGCUAGAGUACAGAACCAAAAUAACAAAAAAAUUGUCACUGUCCAAUGAAUUAUGGAGCUCACUGUAUAUGUAUAUAUAUAUAUAUGGACAACUAGUAACUAAAUAACAAAGGACUGUAUAAAAAGGAUCAUGCUAAUUGCUCACAAACUAGACAGUAGUAGUCUGACACAUGACAAACAGUUUAACACUGGACAAAGGAAGUCAAAGGUCAAAAGGAGAGAGGAUAAAGGUACUUGGUCAGUAACAUCCAUGGAAAGGAAAUCUACUUCAAAGGACAUGACUAUAAACUAGUGAUGGGACGAUUGAUACCGGAGAUCCGAUGCAGUUUUUAAAUGUACUACUGAUCUGACACAAUGUACCGAUGCUCGUUUCAAAGUAACAUUACCACGUGAUGAUCAAUGACGUCUGAAGCUCCGUUUUGGUUUUUCAAACCGUGUGUUGCAAAAUGCGAGAUCCCACUGAUUUCUCUGCGGUUCCGGUGCUUUUUUUUCCGACUCCAAGUUGUUUUUCAAACACCAACCUCUACUGGACACCGUACUUAGGCUUACAAUGUAGUUAGGAUUCUUUCAUGUAGUGUCACCUGAACGGCAGCUCAGCAGGUAGGAUCUCCGGGACUAGAACCUGGGAAUGUUUUGGUAUAUUAUUUGAAUAUCUGAACCACACUUUUUGCACAUUGUUGUUCAAACAAUGAGUUUUAUUUAGUAGAGUAUAAGCUUCUGUCUUAAGCGUCCUAAAUAAUGCCACAGGAUUCACCGUUUUUGACAGAAAAAAAAAGCAAAACAAGGGAUUCAGAGCAAAAAGGGGAAGCAUGAUGGAAGGUGCCAACAUGUAUGGUAACUGAUAGUAGGCUACAAAGAGCCACGACUAGCGGCCGCGCAACGGAGAUUCUAUGAAUACUGUGGAAAAAAACAUCUAUAUGAACACCAAACGCUGCUUUUCAUUGCUGACCAGCAGAUGUCACUAAUGUACUUUGUGUUAAAAGUAAUGAACUGUUUUUUUUUUUCAGCACAAUUUGGGUAAAAAGCCCCCAGAGGCUUCAGAAAGCCUCGAUUUCCCAUCGCUACUAUAAAUUACAUAACAAAACACUUCAGUCAGUCCAUUAGGUAGCCACCUUGAUUAGAAUCAGGUGAGUCUACUUAAGGUGUGGGGGGAGGUACUCCUGCCCUUCAGGAAACAGGAAGUGGGGGUGACCGGUGAUUAGGUGGGAGAGUCAGGAAGUGGGUGGGGAACGUUCUACGUAGGGGCUAUGGUCAACAGGAAGUGGGUGGGGAAUGUUCUACGUAGGGGCUAUGGUCAACAGGAAGUGGGUGGGGAAUGUUCUACGUAGGGGCUAUGGUCAAAUGUAUUGCUCUACAUAGGGGAUAGGGUGCCAUUUGGGACAUGACCUUGGUGCCAGACAAAUAUAACCUUAUGUUAGGGAAAAAUACACAACUAGUGCACUUAGUAGUGUCUGUCUGAUGAUAAACAAUCUUUCACAUUCUGUUGAUGGUAUAAUAAAACGUUUAGUGUUGUCUGAAUUUUAUUGAUAUAUAUAUAUAUAUAUAUAUAUAUAUAUGUAUGUAUGUAUGUAUUUUUUUUUUUUUUUUUGAAUGCAUGAUACAUUUGAUAUUAGUUUAAAUUAUAUUGAGAUACAUCUCUGUUUCAGUCUGUGGUACUGCUGUGUAGAUGUGUCGUUGAGCAGACAGAUGCUGGUGACAGGAGACAACAUAGGACGAGUCUUAUUGCUGGGCAUUGAUGGACACCAGGUACAGUACUGUAGAGUAUAUUUCUACUGUAGUCUACACUAUAGCUACAGUACUGUAGAGUAUAUUUCUACUGUAGUCUACACUAUAGGUACAGUACUGUAGAGUAUAUUUCUACUGUAGUCUACACUAUAGCUACAGUACUGUAGAGUAUAUUUCUACUGUAGUCUACACUAUAGCUACAGUACUGUAGAGUAUAUUUCUACUGUAGUCUACACUAUAGCUACAGUACUGUAGAGUAUAUUUCUACUGUAGUCUACACUAUAGCUACAGUACUGUAGAGUAUAUUUCUACUGUAGUCUACACUAUAGCUACAGUACUGUAGAGUAUAUUUCUACUGUAGUCUACACUAUAGCUACAGUACUGUAGAGUAUAUUUCUACUGUUGUCUACACUAUAGCUACAGUACUGUAGAGUAUAUUUCUACUGUAGUCUACACUAUAGCUACAGUACUGUAGAGUAUAUUUCUACUGUAGUCUACACUAUAGCUACAGUACUGUAGAGUAUAUUUCUACUGUAGUCUACACUAUAGCUACAGUACUGUAGAGUAUAUUUCUACUGUAGUCUACACUAUAGCUACAGUACUGAAUGGGCCAGAGGGAGGUAAUGUCAACCUAUAUUGAGUAGUUAGUUAGCAUGUACAAUUUAAACAUUCUGUAUUAUGUUCUGUUUGCACGUUCUAAGAAUAGGACCAUUCUAGAUUAUGUUCUGUUUGCACGUUCUAAGAAUAGGACCAUUCUAGAUUAUGUUAUGUUUGCACGUUCUAAGAAUAGGACCAUUCUAGAUUAUGUUCUGUUUGCACGUUCUAAGAAUAGGACCAUUCUAGAUUAUGUUCUGUUUGCAUGUUCUAAGAAUAGGACCAUUCUAGAUUAUGUUCUGUUUGCAUGUUCUAAGAAUAGGACCAUUCUAGAUUAUGUUCUGUUUGCAUGUUCUAAGAAUAGGACCAUUCUAGAUUAUGUUCUGUUUGCAUGUUCUAAGAAUAGGACCAUUCUAGAUUAUGUUCUGUUUGCAUGUUCUAAGAAUAGGACCAUUCUAGAUUAUGUUCUGUUUGCAUGUUCUAAGAAUAGGACCAUUCUAGGCAUGACUGCAUUAGGCACAGCUUUGGCAGUUCCAAUGAUCUCAUUUCAUUACUGACGACGUUCUUGAAGAUGUUGUUAAAACGAUCUGCACGUUUCCCCCCCCCCCCUCGUAGAUCUUCAAUGAGAAGUUGCACAAGGCUAAAGUGACCCAUGCUGAAUUCAACCCUCGCUGCGAUUGGUUGAUGGCGACAGCGUCUGUUGACCACACGGUGAAGCUAUGGGACCUGCGGAACAUCAAAGACAAGAACAGUUUCCUCCACGAGAUGGUUCAUGACAAAGCUGUUAACUCCGGUACUGAGAACUCUCUCCUGUCCUACUUUUAGGGGUAUUUUCAUCUUGACCACUGUGUCGUAGAAUACGAUAACGCUGUUUGGGACGGCAGGUAGCUUAGUGGUUAAGAGCGUUGUGCCAUUAAACGAAAGGUCGCUGGUUCUAAUCCCCGAGCCGACUAGGUGAAAAAUCUGCCGAUGUGCCCUUGAGCAAGGCACUUAACCCUAAUUGCUCCUGUAAGUCGCUCUGGAUAAGAGCGUCUGCUAAAUGACUAAAAUGUAAAUGUUUGACUUCUAGCUAAAUGACACUAUGGAACACUACUGUAAUUUAAAGUAGAUAGAGAGAAAGCGUUAUAAUAAUAAUAAUAAUAUGCCAUUUAGCAGACGCUUUUAUCCAAAGCGACUUACAGUCAUGUGCGCAUAAAUCUUUACGUAUGGGUGGUCCCGGGGAUCGAACCAACUACCCUGGCGUUACAAGCGCCAUGCUCUACCAAUUGAGCUACAGAGGACCAUCUCAGCUCAAAACUAUAGGUUGUUAGCAAUAACGGUGCACCCAUUUUAAAUGUUAUCCUCCAAUAAUGCAUUUUACAUUUUAGUCAUUUAGCAGACGCUCUUAUCCAGAGCCACUUAAGCAUAUAAAUCAUAGUCCUGAGACACGAUAGUCUGGCGUCCCAUUGUGACAUAGCUACGCGGCUCUGAGACCACCGUCCAACCAGGCUCCGGUACGCGCCCUCUAUUCAUUUUGAACGUGUUGACAGUUGGAGAAAACUGCUUGAGCCGUGCGGAGAAUUCGAAAAGUGUUCUAAGCCCAACGGUCCAAUUCUAGAACGCUGCUGUGCGUACGCGUUUUGGACUACGAUAGAUGCUUUACAGUUAGUGCAUUCAUCUUAAGAUAGCUAGGUGAGACAACCACAUAUCACAGUCGUAGUAAGAACAUUUUUCUCAAUAAAGAAGUUGUCAGUACUAGUAGGAAAAGACAGGUGCAAGUUUAUUAUAAUAAUUAUUUGCUUGAAAAACAUCUACCUCUUUCAUCAGAAAGGAUAAAAGCUUAUUAAGAACAUUUAACCCUCUAGAUACCCUCCCCCCUCCCCUCUCUCUCUUUCUCGCUCUCUCAUCAUGCUGUUGUUCCCUCCCCCCUCCUCUCUCUCUCUCAUCAUGCUGUUGUUCUCUCCCCCCUCCCCUCUCUUUCUCAUCAUGCUGUUGUUCCCUCCCCCCUCCCCUCUCUCUCUCAUCAUGCUGUUGUUCCCUCCCCCCUCCCCUCUCUCUCUCAUCAUGAUGUUGUUCCCUCCCCCCUCCCCUCUCUCUCUCAUCAUGCUGUUGUUCCCUCCCCUCUCCUCUCUCUCUCUCAUCAUGCUGUUGUUCCCUCCCCCCCCAGCCUACUUUAACCCAGUGGACUGCUCCAAACUCCUGACCACUGACCAGUAUGACCAGAUCAGGGUGUACUCCUCUUCUGAUUGGUCAACUCCUCAGCAGAUUAUCCAGCACCCACACAGACAGUUUCAGCACCUCACACCGAUCAAGGUGAGGCACGUGGGUGGAUCACGGUGGACUCCUCUUCUGAUUGGUCAGGUGUGUUUAUGUGUGUGUCUCUCUCGUUGGCUCAAAAGAUUCAUCUUCAAUCUUCGGUUUGUGUGUCCAGGCCUCGUGGCACCCCCUCUAUGACCUGAUGGUGGUUGGGCGGUACCCUGAUGAGAGGGUGUGUCCAGGUGCCCUGAGGACCAUCGAUAUCUACGACGCCAACACGGGAGAGCUGGCAUGCCAACUACUGGACCACAACGCCCCUGGGAUCAUAUCGGUGAGUAUGACGAGAAAUUUUACCUUCGUUUUAUUACGACUCUUACUUGGAAAUAACGUCAAUGUUAGUCUGUAGCCCUUUAGACUUUGAUAUGGGAAGUGAUGGAGCAGUGUCUUCUUCCAGGGGAUGAAGUCAUGCUUCAGGGAUGUGUCACUGUAUUUGUUACAAGUGUUGAAUCAUGAAUUUGUGCUGCACUAUUGUUCAAGCCAUCGUUGGGUCAAAACCGUUUAAAAUCUCUGCACACCUUCCUUUCCAGGUCAACAAGUUCAAUCCAAUGGGAGAUGUUUUAGGAUCUGGAAUGGGUGAGUCUGGGUUUUAAAUACUGUCUUUUCCACUAUGUUUGUAAUCGCGGCAGCCACGAUCAAAUCAGCAAAGAGACUAACCAAUCCACUAACUAUGUUUGUAGCUGGAAAUUUGUUUGCUAAAAAUCUGUGUUCAACUUGGGCCCUGGUCAAAAUUAGUGCAAUACACACGGAGCCAUUUGGGAUUCAGACAAUAAGGUUUUUUGUGAUCCACCACAGGAGUGAACAUCCUAGUGUGGAACAGAGGUGAGACGUUGGCUGGUAAGCAGCAGAGAGGAGAGCUACAACAGGAAGCAGGAGUCCAGGUUGGCAGAGGUAGAGGCCAGCGGGGGAGAAGGCGGGAGGCUCGGAGAGGGGAGAGACGGGGGGAGGAUGAGGACGACAUUGGGAAGCUGAAGAAGAAGCUGUCUUCCCUGGAAGAGUCCUCCUCCUCGGGGACCAGAACAUCCAGGCAGCACAACAGCCAGACACAGAAGGGUCAAAAGAAAUAA